CUUCAUUUUGUAUUCAAGGUAGCUGCGUCAUUAAAUUCAAAACUCUCCACUACUUCUUACUGUACAUUUAUGGGUAUGAACAAACUGGAUGUUUGAGUAUUGAAAUUAAUAUCAUAAUUUUAUGUCUUAAGAUAUAAUACUCAACUAGUGUUUAAACUAAGUGUAAAUUAAACUCUGGUUGCUGCUACACUACUGGACUUUUAAACAUUUUUUUACAAAAAUAAAACAUGUCAAAAAGAUAACAGGUUUAUGGGAAUUUUGAAAUAUUUCUCUUUCACAUAUAGUGUCACAUAGUCGCUCAUUGAAAUACACUUUCCAAUAUUGUUAUCAGAUUUGAUAUUUUAUUCUAAAAUUUGGAUAUAGAUUUGUGUGGAUUAAAAAGUUGGAGUGGCUAUUAAAUUGGAAUUUAAUUAGAAAAAUACUUGUUUCUGGAUUUAAUAUAGGUGUUUUGUUCUACUGUUAGGAACUUUUAUGAAAUAUAUAAGAAAAGUGAGACUAUUUGAAAGAAGAGAUUCUAGAAUAGCUGUCUAUAUGGUCAUUUGUAUUUAAUGGACUUGCAAAGUAAUGUAGCCAAAUUACAAAAGGUAGUUAAUUGGGCAAGUCAGGAACACAAUUGACAAGGACUUGCUGAAAUUGGAUAAAUUGAUUUGUGAUUGAAAUGAGUGGAUUAAAUGUGGAUUAUAUGUCAGUGUUAUUUGUUUUUAUGAUAUAUAAAGGAAUUAUCUCAAACUGAUGAUAGUAUGGAAGUCGGUAUCCAGAGGACCAAUACAAUAUCAGAUCAUCUACGUCAUGCAGCCAGUAAAGGAAAUUUAGAAGAAAUUAUCCGGUGCCUUCAGGCGGGUGCUACUUUUGACAUAGAUCAAGAUGGAAGAACUGCCUUACAUUAUGCUGCACUAAAUGGUUUCACAGAUGUUACAAAGUUUCUGCUGGAGAAAGGAUGUGAAAUCAAUGUUCAAGAUGCUAGUGGUUAUACAGCUCUACAUCGUGCAGCAUCUCAAGGUCAUAUAGAGGUCAUUACAGCUCUUGUUGAGAGGGGAUGUGAUGUCAACACACAAGAUGAGCAUGGUAAUGCAGCUAUACAUGAAGCUGCCUGGAAUGGUUUCAGUAAGACAUUAGAACUGCUAGUCAAAUUUAAUGUCAAUGUCUCCAUAGUUAACAAGGCUGGUUUCACUGCAUUACAUCUAUCAGCACAGAAUGGGCACAACGAGAGUUCUAGAGUUUUACUUUAUGCAGGCUGUAACAGUGAUAUAAAAAACAAUUAUGGUGAUACAACACUACACACAGCUGCAAGGUACGGCCAUGCUGGCGUGACAAGGAUCCUUAUAAGUGCUCGAGUAAAAAUUAAUGAACAAAAUAAGAAUGGGGACACAGCUUUACACAUUGCAGCUGCAUUAAAAAGAAGGAAGAUUGCCAAGCUACUUGUGGAGUCCGGAUCGGAUGUCUCUAUUAGAAAUAAGCAAAAUGAGACUGCAGCUGAUGUUGCUAGAAGAAAGGAUCACAGGGAAAUUAUAGUAAUCAUCCAAGCUUAUUCUAGGCCGGUAAAGUCAGCAGUGAAGGAGGUUAAUUUUAAAGCAGAUGUUCAUCACAUGGAGGGUCCAGUUGUUGUACCAGAUAUGGACAUACCAGAAAAAAUCGACACCAAAGCUGAUCGAGGCAAACGCUUUCUCUUCUUUAAGAAAAAGAAACAAAAAGAAAAAACUCCACCAAAUCGUGGAGUGAUACCACAGCGUAAUGUACCAGGGCACAGAUGUAAUGUUCAAACUACACCAGUACAAGGAUUCUUCAGUAAAUAUGUACCUAGAGAAGGUGUCCAGUAUUACAGGGAUUUAGCUGGAAAUGUUAAACAGGGACCUGUUGGCUACACUCCAACCUGUAACUGCUUACCAGCUAUACAUCGCUUAGAAAAACAAGUCCACGAUACACAAGAUCAUGUGUAUGGUCAACUACAGUCCACAAAUCGGGUCAUGCAGGAACAGAUAAAUCAGGUUGAUCACAGGUCAACAAUGCGUCUGCAAGCACUUGAGAAAUACACUCAGGAUCGUUUUGUUGAGGAGGAAAAUUUGUGCCGUCAAAGAAUAAAUGAACAGUUCAAUGAACAUGACAGUUACUAUAAACAACAAGAUGGUCAUAUGAAAUCACAAAUUCAAAAUUGGUUAGAACAGAGAUUAGAAGGCUAUGGACACUGUUUACACCAUCAUCAUGAUGACUCAGCACUUCCUAAUGAAAACAUUUUUUCAGAAGUUCAUGAAACUGCUAAUGGACGUUUGUUUAAAUCUCGCUCUGAUGAGACAUUAUCCCAGUCAGAUAACCAUAGUGGAAAGUUUCGUAAACGUGAGUUUUAUGAAUCAAGACAACAAGCUAUGCAACAAAUUCGUGCUUGGCAGGUACCAAGCUAUAGUAAAGAUAGAAGUAGAGUGAAAGUGUUAGAAAAGCAAAGAAAUAACCAAGAACAAACAAGAAGAUUUCAAAGUAGACAAGAAUUGAAUAAAGAAAUAGAACAAAGACAAUAUCCUGUUGAACCAAAAAUUGAAAUCAGAACUAGACCUCAGUCACAGAGUGCUGAAAGAAAUAACAAUAAAGCAGAAGACAAUACAUAUAUGACUAUGACAGGACCUCAAAGUUAUGGUGCUAUUCCAAAACAGUCUGCCCUUCCCCAGCCUCAAGUGUAUCCAAAUACAAGAAAGGUGUCGGGGUCACGUGGACCUAUGGGUCACAGUACACCAAAGUCGCGGGAAUCUAGUCCUUACACCUCCCACAGUGGAAUAGUUCGUAGUCAGACUGAUGGAGUUAUAAAUAAAAGUUUAUCCUUAACAUUGCAACAGACAUUUGAGAGGAAGGAUGUUUCUAAAGACUUGAAAAAACAAAUGUCAGUAAGUGAUAAAAAUCUCAGUGAUAGAUCUUAUAUGUUUCCUAAUCAACAACAAUCAUCUUCAUACAAUUUGCAUAAACCUGAAAGUAAUUCAGUCAGUGUUAACUCUCCAUAUAGAAACUCUACCAGCAGUGAUAACUUUGUUUCUAGUGUUCAAAAACCAACAUUUUCCACUUUUGGCUAUGAAGAUGACAGAGAAAACCAAAAAUUUGCCACACUUAGUUCAGAACAAAAGACUGUUGAUCAGACUGAUCAGUGUGAAGUGACAAGUUCUAGUACGCCAAGGGCAAACUCUUCAAAUACUGCUGGAAGUGAUGAUAAAGUUAUUAAUACACAUUUAUCGCCAGAUUUGUUUUCCCGCCAAAACUCUCAAGGUGCGUAUGGUUUCAGUGAGAGAAAUAAUGAUAAUUUGUAUGUAGAAAUGAGACAUAUGAAUCCAAGGCUACAUCAGCAUGCUCGUUCUUCUGAAGGAUUACUAGAAACUGACAUUGAUCAUAUAAAUGUAAAUGGCAGUGAGGAAAGAACACUUGAGUUACAAGACUCUUUUUAUACUCCAACCACAACUAGAUCAUCAUCAGCAACCAGAGACCUACAAACAAGCAUUUCACAAAGUCCAAAUUCAAAGUUGGUUUCACAGCAACAAUCUAGGAUAUCAUCACCACGUCAGCAGCCUUCAUUUUCUUAUAGCUCGCCUCAUCCUUCAUACGGAAGUUCACCUUACACAGUACAAAGUGAAACUGUGCGUUCAUUGUCGGGACCACCAACUUUACCAAAACCAAGCGUUCAGUCAUCUUUAUACCCAUAUUCCACUGCAAGAGAAGUGAUGCGUAAUACUGACAUAAGAUAUAAUGGAAGUACAAAUGGUAAUAAUAAGACUGGGAUUGUAAAUGGAAAUGUUUCAGAAAGUGCUUACUCUACAGUAAAGGAUGUUCAGUUACAAAACAAUGGCAAUCAUAACAUACCAGUUGUAGCAGACAUACAAAAUCCAUCGGAUAUUUAUUACAGAAAUCCUGGUAUGAAUAAUCCAAACAGUAAUCAGAAACAAACUCAUAUGGAACCAAGGUCAAAAACUGCAUAUCAAACAUAUCUAACAGAAAAUCCAAAUUUUUCAAGUGAAAAUUUAUAUCGUGAACACUCUCCAAACAUUUGUAACAACAGUAAAGAGGACUCCAGUAGUAACCCAGAUUCUGGAUAUAGCAGUAAGAUAUAUGGAAAUCGUGCAAAUUCAGUUACUCCUGCUAGUUUAGGUAGUACACCAUCAUCAUCAUUCAGUACUGAUCGUGGUUUACAUAGUAACACAAACUCUCCACAUAGCCAGUAUUCUAAUGCAGAUUAUGAAUGUUUACCGAACAGACAAUAUGAAGAUGAGGUCCAAACACAUGUACAGAGUUGGUAUCAGCGCAAAAUUCAGGAAACCACACAAAAGGUUUAUGAUAAUUGGAGAUCUGAAAGGUCACCUGGAAAGGUCACUCAACAGCAGCAAAAUGGCGGACACAGACUUCCUGUGAGGUAUUAUGGAAACAGUGACUAUGCAAAAAUUGACUAUAGUGCUGUAAAUGGAAGACAUUCAAAUGUAGGGCAAACACAAAGUUACACUCCAUCUGGGCAGAAUAAUCACAUGGUUUCUACUUUUGUUAUGCAUGGUAGUGAUGUGUAAUCUUGUAUUUAAUAUUCAAAUGUUUUGUUUCAUUUAUACAUAUAUUGUUCUUAUUAUGAAGACAAGAAUAAUCAGCAAAGUUAAAUAAAAAUGUUUUCAGAAAUAUCAUUUGUAUACAUCACAUUGAAAAAAAAGUACCAGUAUGAAAAUAUUGCCAAUUUGUAGCCAUUUUAUGUAUCUUUUUAACUUUUCACAUUUUUCAAAAUUCAUAAUGUGCUAUACAAUUGUAGAAUAUAAAUAAUUAUGUGAUUAAAUAUUACAUAUACUUUGUUAUGUAAAGAUGAAAAGUAAAAAUGGCAAUUCUUUCCUGUAUAUUUUCUCUUAUUUUUGUAUAUAACUGUUUUUGUAUAAAGAUGUUGAAUAUUCAAUAAGUUAUUUUUUGAUACUGUAUAUUUUAUAAAUUAAACAAAGGUAAACUGAA